AUGGCCGGUCUUUUUAGCGCAGCCGUUAUGAGCUUACUUCCCUCGCCACGACUUGGUGUCAAGCGGUGGGCCAACGAAAGAACCCGAAUUCGAGAGCUGGUUCACUGGGUCGGAAAUCAAAUCGAAGAGCCCCAGAAACCCCUCGUUGUUUUGAUCCGAGUCGAGGCCCCGCAAUUGCAACCCCUUCACGCAGACACGGGGUACCAUGUCUACAUGGUCUGGGAGAUGGGGCAUAUUCGGCAGGAGGACGGCAUCUGCCGGCGAGUGGAGCGUCGUGUCCAUUUGACGGGCAACGCCGGCAACUACGCUUACUUUGCGGACGACAUUCGCGCUGCUGGGAAUAUAUCCGCAGAACAUCACUUCAUCAUCUUUGGGACCUUCACCCCUGAACAACGGCAACGCAUCCUCUGGCUUGCUGAAAACGUCGACUUCAGUCCCAGAUGGACGGUGAACACGUGCCGGACGUGGAUGUGGCGCCUUCUGACCAGCAUGGUGGCCCACGGGUUGAUCUCUGAUGAGUGA